CAGCUCGGCUUGACCAAUCAGCUUGCAACAAACGCGCGAACGACAGGCAGAAAUUUGCCUGUCCCUGGGGAGACUGGGUGGAGGGUGCGCGCACGAGCAUGUGUGUAUCAUUAGGAGCGCGGCACAGAGAGCUGGAUGGAUACGCGCUUCUCUGGUCCUUAGUCCGCGGUGUGCUCAGCAUCUUUUCCAGCAGAGCCGUAUGGAGAGAGACUCCACAUCUCUCACACACUCAAAUAAAGCUAAAAUUCACUCGGACCUUAACCACGAUAAUAACCCCACAAGUCUGGAGCUCGAGCCCGCGAUUGAGAGGAAAGGAAUACAUUAUGCGUUUGAAACAAGGACUCUCAUUCUCUCCGAUGGGAAGUGACGAGUGUGACUGAUUGAACAUAAUAACGAUGGCAGACAAGUGGUCCAUCCCCCACAGGAACCUGAGCUCACCCUGCAAAUUUCCACUUUCCCAAUUUUUCCAUUACCCUAAGGAUACGCUGACCUUCACAUAUACAGUCUGCAUGACAAGCCAAAGCAGGGUAAAUUAAAAGGUUGCAACUCUCUGCCAAGGACGACAACAGGCAAAGUCGCAGCUUUGGCGGACUUGCCAUCAGCAGAAAUACACUGUGUUGUCAUAACAAAUGAUUCUGUAUUUGUGAAUUUAACGCCUCUAACACCAGACCCCACAAGGACCAAUUACAAGCUGAAGAGAGUAGGACCAAGAUGAAAGAUUUGCUGUUUGCAGUUUGUUUGCUGGCAGGACUUGUGCUGACUAAAUCAGUUCAGGCCUCUGAGAUGAGGGCUGUGUGCCUCAAGCUGUGCAAAUGUGAAGUCCGACCCUGGUUCUCUCCUUCGUCCAUGUAUAACGAGGCUCCGACUGUGGACUGUAAUGAUCUAGGACUUCUGUCUCUGCCGGGGAGAUUGCCCUUAGACACGCAAGUACUUCUAACACAGGCCAACAACAUCGCAAAGAUCAACAGUCCCAUGGACUAUCUGGUAAACCUAACCGAGGUAGACCUAUCUCGAAACAACAUUUCCUCAUUGAGUGAUGUCUAUCUAGGUCACCUUCCACAACUUCUGUCUUUGCACCUAGAGGAGAACUGGCUAAGCAGUCUUCAUGAUAAUUGCUUUGCACACUUCCCAAACUUACAAGAGCUCUAUGUUAACCAUAACCUACUCUCCUUGAUCAGUGCAGAGGCUUUCCAAGGGCUUAACAUGCUCUUGAGGCUCCAUCUUAAUUCAAACCAGCUGAGGGCCAUAAGAACAGAGUGGUUCCAGGAUCUUUCCCAGCUAGAAAUCUUGAUGAUAGGAGAGAAUCCAAUUGCCAGAAUACAAGACAUGAAUUUCAAGCCCCUUAUCAAUCUCCGCAGUCUUGUGCUAACCAGAAUGAACCUCACUGAAAUCCCUGACAGUGCCCUGGUUGGCCUCGAUAAGCUGGAAAGUGUGUCAUUCUAUGAUAAUAUGUUUCCAAAAGUACCUCAAGCUGCUCUCAGACAAGUGCGGAACCUCAAGUUUCUGGACCUUAACAAGAAUCCUAUCGAGAGGAUCAAAAGGGGUGACUUUGUGGACAUGAUCCAUCUGAAAGAACUUGGUAUUAACAGCAUGCCAGAGUUAGUUUCGAUCGACAGCUUUGCCAUGCAUAAUCUACCAGAACUGACCAAAAUCGAAGUCACGAACAACCCCCGACUUUCCUACAUCCAUCCAAAUGCAUUCUCCAAACUCCCAAGGAUAGAGUCCUUGAUGCUAAAUAGCAAUGCGCUCCGGGCGCUUCAUCAUGUCACGGUGGAAUCCUUGCCUAACCUUCAGGAGGUGAGCAUGCACACCAACCCCAUUUACUGUGACUGUGUCAUCCGCUGGAUCAAUAUGAACAUGACCAAGGUCCGGUUCAUGGAACCGGAUGCCCUCUUAUGCGCAGGGCCCUCAGAGUUUGAAGGUCGUCUUGUCAGGCAUGUGCACUUCCGUGAAAUGGCAGACAUCUGCCUGCCACUAAUUUCCCCGGAAAGCCUUCCCGAUCAGGUUAACGUGGGUAGCGGGCAUUCUGUGUCUUUGCACUGCAGGGCGUUUGCCGAUCCUGAACCUGAGAUCUACUGGGUCACGCCUUCAGGCGACAAGAUCUUGCCUCAGAUGGUUUCCAAGAAGUAUCACCUGCAUCCUGAGGGAACGUUUGACAUUUAUGGCAUCACAGAGAAUGAGGCUGGGCAGUACACCUGCGUGGCCCACAACCUCAUAGGUGCUGACAUGAGAUCCGUCUCGGUAGUUGUAAACGGGUACUUUCCACUGCCGGCAAAUGAAUCCCUGCACAUCCAAGUCAAAGGGACUGAGCCACAUUCGGUGAGGAUUUCUUGGGUGCCACCCAAGGGCAGUCUUGUGUCGAAUAUUAAGUGGUCGACCACAUCCCAGCGCCGCUCCUUGUUCACUGCACACGUGUUGUCUGAUGUAAAAACAUUCAACCUCACACACUUGCACCCACUGACGCAGUACGAGGUGUGUGUGGAAAUUACGGACCUGCAAAGCAGACAUUUGAAAAACUGCAUGAAUGUCAGCACCACUGAGGUUUUAACAGGAAAAACUGAUGAUGGUAUCGAUGACGGACUGAUAAUCAGCAUCACCGCGCUGCUCCUGAUCGUGUCUGCAGUGGCCUGUUCGUUCAUUUGCAUGUUGCAGAGGAGUGAUCACUUUUACAGGAAAUUACGAAAUCAGCAGUCUGAGAUGUUACCUUCACACAUUAAACCAAUCUGGGGGUCAAGGGCUAAAGCCAAUGAUCCAGAAACAGACUUGAUAAACUCAAUUUGAGAGAAGAGCAAUGUUUUGGGAUGCACUGGACACUGGACUGUGUGUCUAAUAUCGCUCUCAAUCUGAUACAGACUCACACCACUGGAUCAUUAUUAAAUGGAUUUCAAUGUGGUUUGUGGUUCAAGACAUUUCUUGCUAAAUCUGACAUUGAUUACCAAAAAGCCACUAAUUGUUUAAAUGUCACACUACACAGGGGAGCAUGAAGAGAAAUACUCUUUUCAUGCAGGAUCAAAGAACAGCACAUGAAAGGUUGGACCUGACUGUUUACACAGAGUGUAAAGCCUCAGUGGCCAAGUCUUUUUAUUGUGGGCUUGUAGCAACACUACUUGUGCUGUAUCAUCGGUAAAAUAAACAAUGUCAAGUUUAUGAUGGUCUACGCUUUGUAGAAUAGAUCAUAACACUUUGUGAUAAAAUACAUUUAUACAGAAAAUGCCAACUUGUUUUCAUUGCAAGUGUUUUUUACUCUUUAAAAAUGCCUUCAUUUGAAGAUUUGGUGCGUUGACCAACAGAAAGCUGGUUGGUUUGAAAGUGACUCCUGAAAGCUGUGCUUCAAACAUUGCUAUUGACUAUAGACAAUGGACCUUUUUUGCACACAAAAUUUCACAGAAAUUUCGCUAAUGUACAGGACAGUUAAUUAACUGAGAAAAAAACGUAUCACAAAUUAAUAGUCAUAGAGUGCACAGAUUUUAUAUUAGAUAUAUAUUCCUCCUGGUCCACAUGGACUUAAACUUGGUUCUCGCCUGUGUGUAAUCAAACGCAUUAAGUGAGACUGAUGCAGAGGCAAUUGUCAUUACAUUUUGCAUCUUUGCCUCAGACAGACGACUUGUCGUUGCAGUUUUAUUUUUGCUCUGGAGGCUGAACCCGUGCUCUGCUGCCACGUUGGAGCGCAUUCGCCACCAACUGGACAGGGGUGGGAAUUACAGUUAAAAGUUACAAUAGAUGUAAUCUGUCAAAAUGACGGAGGACCUUCAGAUUUUGUGUCACCGCUACAAAAAUUCAGUCAAUGAAAGAAAAUUUUUGGUUAAAGGGUUACUUCAGGAUUUAGCAUUAAGCUUUGUAUUAGUAGAAUACCACUAGUAUUUUCGAAUUACUGUGCUUUCCCCCUUCAUAUCAGC